CCUCUUCGCCGUUGCGCUCUUCUUCGCCCAACACCAUGUCACAAGCACAGAACCGCGCGCACGGACACGAGAGUGGAGCGCGACUUGUCAAUGCGUCUUUGGUUUCUACGGCUCCAGGAAGACCCAUCACGCCGCAAGUUGCAUCGCCAGGUGUCAUCUGCGAAGGAUGGGUGCUCAAAAAGCGGCGGAAGAGGAUGCAAGGUUUUGCACGUCGAUAUUUCACCCUGCACCAGAAUGGCCUGCUAUCGUACUCGUUCGAACCUGGUCAACCCGCCCGGGACCAGGUGCUGCUUAGCCAGGCGGCCAUCUCAACCGCCCCGGGCAGGAAGGACAUCCACGUCGACUCCAACAGCGCCACCUUUCACAUCAAAUGUCUGAGCGUGCAGGACUUUGAAAUGUGGAUGGGGGCGUUCCGGUGAGCCCUGCCCCCGCUGGCUGCGCGCCGUUGCACAUCCGCGCCGAGUUGACAGUGACACCGGGCGCAGGCGGAUACUGGCACAGGAGAUGCCCAAGUCGCGGCGGUCAUCUCUCGCGCGUUCGGCUGCACGCGGAGGGCUCCAGUACAGCCGCGCGAACAUCUUGAUAGACGAGAUCGGCAACACCAUUGCGGAACUCGACAGCGCGCUCUCAGCCCUUUUGGAGGACGAGACCAGACGCAAGCGGCAUAGCGGGAUGCGCACGAAGUCGGAGUCCGGCAAGGACCAUGGCGUGCUUGGGUUGUUCAAGAAAGGACACAACCACGAUCCGUCGAACUUGAGCAUACCCGAAUCCGUCGCACCUUCUCCUCCUCAGGCUGAGCUGCUCAGCCGCAUAUCGACUGCUGUCGGCCAACUCAAGAAUCAGCAUUCCGCACUCACGAAGACCUUCCAAACAUACCCAGGCACCAUCGAUACCACCAGUUUCUCAAAUCUCGCCAGUUCGCCACUGCCUAUCACCACCGAAGAAGAUGACGAAGUGCACACGCCGUCGACAGCUACGGGGGGUAAAAACCGCCAAUCUCUAUUCAGCUCUCAUAGCGGAGACGGCAGUGUGUGGUUCGAUGCCCCGGAGUACGACGGGCCUGAAGAAUACAUCUUGGACAUCACUCCGCCAGAGGAGUCCCAAGACAAGGUAUUCACGACAGAUUCCAGGCUCACGGAGCGCACCGACAUGACUGAUAUGACGGACGUGACGGAUGCCGGUUCGAGCACUGGCGCGGAAACGGACUCGGAAUCCGAGGCAGAGCCUCCGAAGCCUGCUGCGGAAGAACAUGCGGUUGUUCAGCGCAGGACGGCUUUGCCAUCUGGGCCGGUAGGAGACGAAGGUAGCUUGUUCACUGUUCUGAAGAAGAAUGUCGGGAAGGAUCUAUCGAAAGUGGCGUUACCCGUGACUUUCAACGAGCCCCUCACGAUGCUGCAGAAGAUUGCCGAGGAGCUGGAAUACCACGACCUACUGUCACAGGCGGUGCAGGCCACGGACCCUGUUGAGCGUAUAUGCUAUGUCGCGGCUUUUGCAGUAUCUACCUACGCCAACACCCGGCAUCGUACUGGCCGGAAGGGAUUCAAUCCGAUGCUUGCGGAGACUUUUGAGGACCCUCGGAUGCACUUCAUCGCGGAGAAAGUCUGCCACAACCCGGUCAUCCUUGCCUGGCACGCGGAAGGAGAAGGUUGGGAACUCUACGCUACCUCCACGGGGAAGACGAAGUUCUGGGGCAAAAGUAUGGAGAUCAUUCCUCAGGGCACCAUACAUCUCAAACUUGGAGAAGAGCAUUAUGAAUGGAACCGACCUUCGUCAUUCAUUCGGAACCUCAUGAUGGGUACCAAAUACCUCGAGCACUGUGGCAAGAUGACAGUCAAGAACACGACGAGUGGCGCGGCCUGUGCUCUCGACUUCAAGGAGGGUGGCUACUGGGGUCCGGCGAAUGUUGUUGUCGGCACAGUAACAUCGUCCUCCGGGAGCGUCGUCGCCGGCUUAGAGGGCAAAUGGGACGAGCAAAUGGCGCGGAAGAUCGAUUCGUCGCACCUCCACGUGCUCUGGCGAAUCAAUCCCUUCCCCAAGAAUGUGGCCGAAUGCUAUGGAUUCACCUACUUCGGCAUCACGCUAAACGAGAUUACGCCCGACCUCAAGGGCUACUUACCACCGACGGACUCGCGCUACCGUCCGGAUGUGCGGGCGCUUGAGGAAGGCGACCUCGACACUGCAGAGCAGGAGAAGCAACGUAUAGAGGACCUGCAGCGGCAGCGACGCCAGGAGGGACGAGAGCGCUCUCCUAGGUGGUUCAAGCAGGUCGGAGAAGAGUGGAUAUAUGCCGGAGGCUACUGGGAGCAUAGACAGAAGGGCUGGGCGGACAUUGAACCCCUCUGGUGAUAUCGUUCAUCUGCCGGGACUAUCUUACUUACUCUAAUAGCAGGAUAUAUCUUCCCCUACUACUAUAUGCACAGGAACUCUCGGAAUCUUUGUAGGUUGUCGGGCUGGCAGAGGUAGCCCGAAUCACACCGUUGCAUCGUGCUCGAGACGACUCGUGACCCCGACGCGCUCGCGAAUGCGGCAGCAUCACGUUCUAUGGCCUAUCACGUAGACCGCGAACCCCGACAAUUGCACGGUCGGCCUCUGGUACAACCGCGGCGUCCUUCGUCAGACCCUCGUGUCGGCGAUGGUGGUCAUCAAUCUCGUCCGCUGAUUAUCCGGGCCUUUUCCGCUCUGACACCGUACCAUGCUGCAGCAAUAUCACUUACCGCCCGACGUGUAGUCCGUCGCGAAGGUACGCUUUCUUGGUACUGUUACCAGUAUAUAAGACAGGAGAAGGUAUGCGGUCUCGAUAGCUGCCAUCUUGUAACGCGAUGGCCUUCCGCUUGACUGCCACUUUGUUGCUGUUAACGAGCUCAGUGCUCGGUCAGUCAGGCCUCUACCAGCAGUGCGGUGGUAUUGGAUGGACCGGGGCAACUACCUGUGUCGCAGGCGCGGUCUGCACCGAACUGAACGAUUACUACUUUCAAUGCCUCCCUGGAUCUUCGACAUCGUCUGCGCCUGCAACGACUCCCUCUACGAGUACUACGCCACCCUCCACGAGUACUACGCCACCCUCCACGAGUACUACGCCACCCUCCACCACAACUUCUAGCCCACCACCUGCUCAAACGAGUGUUGCGAACAUCUCCCCAGAAUGGGCUGCCGCAUACACCAAGGCGAAAGCAGCGGUCUCGAACCUCUCUCUUACUGACAAGGUCAACUUGGGGACUGGUGUACAAUGGCAAAAAGGUGCCUGUGUCGGCAACACGCCCGCAAUCUCUUCGAUCCCCGGCUUCGGCGGACUCUGUCUUCAAGACAGCCCUGUCGGUGUGCGGUAUGCCGACUUGGUUUCUACGUUCCCUCCUGAGAUCAACGUUGCGGCGACAUUCAACCGUACUCUCAUGCGCCAGCGCGGAGCUGCCAUGGGCGCCGAGUUCAAAGGCAAGGGCGCUCACGUCGCUCUCGGACCUAUGAUGAACUUGAUGCGUGCUCCUGCCGCUGGUCGUAACUGGGAAGGGGGAGGAGGCGAUCCCUUCUUGUCCGGAGAACUUGCUUUCGAGACCAUCACCGGCAUUCAAAGCGAGGGAGUUCAGGCUUGCGCGAAGCAUUACAUCAACAACGAGCAGGAGCAUUUUCGAGAUAGCAGUUCGUCAAUAGUUGACGACCGCACACAACACGAACUUUACAGCUAUCCGUUCUUGCGUAGCGUCCAGGCGAAUGUUGCCUCCGUGAUGUGCAGCUACAAUCAGAUCAAUGGAUCCUUCUCGUGUGAAAACGAUAAGACCUUGAAUGGCAUCCUCAAGGGAGAGUUUGGGUUCCAAGGAUAUGUGACGUCUGACUGGUGGGCCACCCAUUCCGGUGCUACUGCCGUCAACGCUGGUCUGGACAUGACCAUGCCCGGAGACACAGCUCUUGGCUCUGGACAAACGUACUUCGGCCAAAACCUUGUUAACGCCGUCCAAAGUGGACAGGUCUCCGAAGCGCGCAUCGAUGAUCUAGCCACCCGGAUCUUGGCUGCCUGGUAUCUCCUGGGCCAGGACUCAGGCUUCCCAGCCGUGAACUUCAACUCUUGGAACACUGGCGAAGGGCAGCACAUCGAUGUGCAAGUCGAUCAUAAGGACCUCAUUCGCACCAUUGGCGCGGCCUCCACUGUGUUGCUGAAAAAUACGGACAACGCUUUGCCAUUAGUGAAACCAAAGACAAUCGCAGUCGUAGGCAAUGGCGCAGGUAACUCUUCCAAGGGCCCGAACGGGUACGAAGAUCGUUCUGGCGACGAUGGCGUCCUUGCGAUAGGCUGGGGUAGCGGCACCGACGACUUCCCAUACCUCAUAGCGCCCAUCGACGCUAUCACUGCUCGGGCCAAGACUGAUGGAUCAAUCGUUUCCUCGUCUUUGAGUGACACUGAUCUCAACGCGGCUGCGCAAGCAGCCUCAGGAAAGGACGUUGCCUUCGUGUUUAUCACAGCUGACAGCGGCGAGGGAUAUCUCACCGUAGAGGGCAACGCGGGAGACCGCAAUGAUCUCAGUGCUUGGCACAGUGGGGAUGCGCUUGUUGAACAGGUUGCGAGCGUGAACAAGAACACCAUUGUUGUUGUCAACAGUGUCGGUCCGAUCAUUGUCGAGCCAUGGAUCAAUCACCCUAAUGUGACAGCUCUGGUAUGGAGUGGACUCCCCGGUCAAGAAGCUGGAAACUCGCUAGUAGACGUGCUGUAUGGCGCAUAUAACCCCAGCGGACGCCUUCCAUUCACCAUCGGCAAGGCCGUGACAGAUUACGCGGCCCAGGUCAUUUACGACGGUUCAGGAAUCGUCCCCAUCCCCUACAACGAAGGUCUCUUCAUCGACUACCGUCAUUUUGACCAAGCAAACAUUGCACCGCGCUACGAGUUCGGUUUCGGUCUUUCUUAUACCACAUUUGACUACUCGGACUUAAAAAUCAGCGGUUCAACGGCGGGCGGGACUCGUCAGCCCAAUGGACCUGGAGCUGCUUUGGACCCUUGGCUGCACGACCCUGUCGUCACUGUUACGUUCACUCUUACCAACAAUGGCACGGUUGCGGGAACAGAGAUCCCGCAGCUGUACACUUCCCCGCCGGCCUCCGCCGAGAGCGCACCGUUUAAUUUGAAGGGCUUCGACAGCGUGCCACUUGCGCCGGGUCAGUCCACGACUGUAUCGAUGACUUUGUCUCGCCUCGACUUCUCUACGUGGGACGUUGUCUCCCAAAGUUGGCAGGUUACCACUGGAGUCACGGGCAUAUCUGUCGGUGCCAGCAGCAGGGAUUUGAGGCUGAUAGGUUCGAUCACGAACUAAUAGAUCAAGGGGCCUUGGCGAAAAUGCCAACAUACAUACUCCCCUAUGCCUGCGCAAACACGUUGUACUGAAUGACAUGUCGUAUUCCGGCCAUUACCCAAACGGAUAUCUAGAGUCGCCGUGAUCCACGGUCGAAGUCUUAGUCAUGAUAGACGUGGCCGCCUUCGGAAGAGCCCGGCAUGCUGGAGUGACCACCAUUCGCCUCCUUGCCUCGGAUGCUCUGGCCGUCCUUGCCGUCUUGUCCCGAGUUGGAACUGCUUGGUUGAGGUGCAAAGUCGAGAGGGCUGUUGGAAAUGCUGUCCGCUACGUCUGGUACAGAUGCCUGUCGUCUCUUCAAUGCCCAACGCGCGUGGUUCCGGAAGAUGCGUUUCAUAUGAGUCCUCUCCAUGGAAUCGCGGUACUGGGGCUGCUCUUCCGCAAAGGCAUGGUCUGCAGCAAAGCUCGCGGAAUUGAUCGCUUCUGUGGCAUUGGGGAACAUAUCAGCCUGCUCCAGUCGCCCAUCUGCAGGAGCACCUGGUCCCGUGCUCGAGUCGGCACCUCCUUGAUUGGCGUCACCGCCUCGUGCUGUGCC